GUGAUGUAACGUUACGGUGUGUUUAUUACAUUACAUCAUUACAAACUAGAGCUAGCAGCUAGUACAAGUAGCAGUUGUUUUUAUUUUUUUAACCGAAAUAGCUUAACGUUACUAAUGAAUUAACUCACGUCUGUAUGCAAGGUUUCGUUCAAAUAACUUUUGCUGGGACAUGACAGAACAUGAACAGCUACAGUGACUCCACCAGUGACCUUGACGAGGAGUUGCCCGUGUUUGACUUCCUCCAGCGGGGUCGACGCCUCAGCCAAUCCUCCCAGAACCACACAGAGAAACCACACCGGAAUGGCUCUGACGCGGAAAUGGCAGCCAUAUUCUCGGCAAAGGGCAGUGCGGGCGCACGUACGGGAACGGCUGAUGUAAUGAUGAUCAGCAGCGAUUCUGAUGACGAUGCACCUUAUGUCCCUCUGGCACAGAGACUCAAACAGAGGCAAGACAAUGUGAUUAGUGCCUCCUCCGCUGUCACUAAUGGGAAAGAUGCUGAGCCGUAUUUGCCAUCCAAUCUGGCCGGCUUGCAUCUCUCUUGCCAGAACGACUUUCCAGAGCCAAAGCGCCCGCUCAGCUUCCAUCAGCUGAGAACAGCGAGCCACGGGGUCCCAGACGGCUCAGUGGAGGUGGCCGCUCUCCCUCUGAACCCUCUCUCCGGCACAGGAAGCACCGGCGCGUCUCCUGCCAAGAAGAAACCUUCCAAGCGGACAGCGGAGGAGAUCCAGGCCUCCAGGGAGGAGGCUCUGAGUAAGAGGCAGGCCAGGGAGAGACAGCAAAAGGGCAAGGAGGCGCUCAGGCAGGAACAAGAGAGACAGAAAGCAGAGAAGAAAGCUCUGGCUGAGGCUGCCAAGGCCCUGAGGCCUGAGGAGUGCAUCAAGCACAUGGUGGUGGCUGUGGACCCAGCUCUCUUGCAGCUGGAAGGAGGUGGGACUCUGCUGGCGACAGUGCAGGCUCUGGGUUGCAGCUGCGCCAUCGAGAAACAGCCCCUCCCACGCAGUGUCAGCUGGAUGAGGAGGGCUCCCUGUGCACAGCCAGAUGAUGGAGCGUGUGUGCCAGAGGACCACGUUGUGAUGCAGAUGACAGUUGACGACAUCAUCACUCUGAUCCACAGCUACAUUCAGGAGGAGAGGCACGGCGGGCCUGGCUCCGGCCCCACUCUGACCUCCUGGGUGCAGGAGCAGCAGAGGCGUAACCCCGGGAAGACCCUCAGCCUGGUGGUCAUCGACAUGGAGAAAUACUUCAGAUCCCACAAGUCACAAACCCAGAAGAGGUUCCGAGAUGCAGUCGUGGGCGAGGGGCGAGGGGGAGGGAAAGCGAAGAAGACGCGGAAGAAUGGCGGAGCUGAGGCACUACCUGAGGUGUCACGAGUUGAAGUGGAGGAGGCAGUGGUGCACCUCCAGCUUCACACUGGCGCCUCGGUCCGCUUCUUGUCCACCUGGAAGGACUUCUCGGAUCACAUCGCCAUGACAACCAAAGCAGUCGCAGAAGCCCCUUUCAAGCGAGAGAGGGAGAAGACGGGCUUCUCCUUCUACCUGGAGAGUGAGUGGGCGGGGGGGCAGCGAGUGGAUAAAGCCGGGAAGGGGCUACUGCAGGUGUGGAAGAGACAGAUCCAGCAGCUGAACCGAGUCAGUCCAGACAUGGCCUCCGCCAUCCUGGCAGCGUAUCCCUCCCCACAGCUGCUCAAGAAGGCUUAUAAACUGUGCAAGACGGACCGCGAGAAGAUCUCCCUGCUGUCUGACCUUCUGAUCCGCAGAGGAGAAGGCGUCACCUCCACGUCUCGACGGGUCGGUCCGGAGCUUUCCAAACGCCUCUUCCUCAUGAUGAACUGUCCUGACCCCGAACAGACUCUGGACUCCACCGUCUGACCUCUGAAAUCUGUUUGUUUCUAAUCAUGUUCCCAACAGCUUCGGACUGUUCACACUGAAUGUGAUACAAAGUAGUUAGAAUUCUGUUUUUCAUGUAUUGUAUAUAUUUAAGUUUUAUGAAAUCUUUUAAGAACAUUAUCAUUAAGGAAUAAUUUCUAGGAAACCUCAUACACAGUUAAUAAAGGGAAAGUUUCAUUUUUUUCAAUGUGGGUUUUAUUCUCAUGCUGGCUGUUGUUCAUGCUAACUUUACACUCGCCAUCUUUCUUGUAGCAUACACCAGGGGAAGCAUUUAUAUAAAUGUUCACGUUUUCUAAAUUGUUUCCAACACCUGUCUCAGAGUCUCUCCUAAAGAGAAUAACGGCUAACACCAUUGGAAUCUACUUCCUAACAUGCUAGCUAUCUGUCAGUUAGUUUAGAGCUAAUGAGCUAAAUCACCAGGAUAUCCCAGCCUCAUGCUACGUUAAUGUGGCCAUGCUAAAGGAAGUAAACAUAGAAAUUAGCCUCCUGAAUUAGCGAUUGCAAUCAUUAAGGGAUCUACUUCUAGGGUAACGUUGUGGCUAACCGAACUAGCUUCUCACUUGUUAACCCGUGAGGUUGUGAUAUGCUGUUGAUUUAGCAUCAUUAGCUUUAGGUAGCAUGGCUAUGGUUGAAGAAAAACAAAGCCUCCUGAAUGAACAAUUACAAUUAUUAAGGGAUCUAUUUCCAGAGCUGGAGUAAUACAAAUGUAUGACAUAUUCCUUCAUAUAUAUAAAUUACUUCAAUGAAGAUAAAAAUAUAUUACAAAAAUCUAAUUUGCUACAACUUUACUCUAGCAUGUUCACCCGCUAUAUUGCUAUAGCUUUGCACUGCUGUUAAGCUAGUUGGAGCACUAUGCAGUUAGACAUUUCAGUUUACUUCAGUUUGGAUGUUUUAUGUGAAAUUGAAAGUUCUUGGGAAGGUUUUAGCAGACUCUGCUACGAGCCGAGAUGUAGGUAACAAGUUUGAGCAUGGCUCACAGUUAGCUCAGCCGGAGCGCUGCAUGAGUCCCAAAAUCUAGAAAUGAGUUUGCAUGUUUCCACUUCCAGUUCCCUCGCCUCAGUCAGGGACUGUUUUGGAGGCGUUUCUGGUUAGAUGCCCUGAAGUCACACUGCAUGUCAGUAAAUGUAAUUUAGUUUGAAGUUUGAAGAGAUCUGAAACCUUGGUUUUUAACAGCUUAUUUUCCGCAAUAAUCCAAAAUCCAAAAUCCAAAGGGAAAAUCCCAUUUACUUUCUGUUGAAGAACCCAGAGCAAUGCUAACUUCCAGUUUGAACUAUAAAAAUGCGUUAUCCCUUCAGCAUUGUAUGAGAAGACUUUCCCAUCAAAGAGUCAUUUUUCAAAACUAUGUUCUGGUAUAUUUAAUAAUGUUUGAAGUUGUACCUUUAACAAGUAUGUUUCUUUUUAUAUUUUAGUAUCUUUAUUUUCAGUAUUUAGGCAAGAAUGGCCGAACCAGUGUCAUUCACACUAAUAAAGACACUCACCUCUGUGUGGAACAGUAUCUCUGUUGUUCACCUCUAAUCUGGUUUAAUGAAGCAUUAUGUUCAGUGUAACACCUCACCCCUUAUGUGUUUUAACUGCUGUCCAAUUAAAUUACAUGUGGCCAA